GGCGAACAAAGGAGCCGGGCGGCUCAGCUGUGCCGAGAAACGCUUCCUGUUUCUUUAAAGCGGCUCCUGUGCGCGGCGGAGCGGCCCGAUGGAGCCCGGCGCGCGCGCCCGCAGCUGACAGCGCGGCUCGGAGCAGCCCCGCGCGGCGCGGCGCAGCAUGCGGAGCCUGCAGCUGCAGGAGGCGGCGUGGGGCAGCCUGUGCGUGCAGCAGCAGCUCCGCGGCAUCCGCCGCCUGCGCAGGAAGGGCAAGGCGCACGCCCCGGGGGCCGCGCUGGACGCCGCCGCCGCCACCGGCUCCGACUCGCCCGCGGGGCCCGAGCCCGGCAGCCGCCCGCCCAGGGGGCUCCCGUGCCCGCCGCCGCCGCCACUGCCGCUGCCGCUGCCGCUGCCCGCCCCACGUGGCGGCUACGGCGCCCCCCCCGCCGCCGCCCCGUCGCCUAGGACGCGGCCCGCCGAGCCCCCCGCCGCCGCCGCCGCCGCCGCCGAGAUCAAAGCGCUGCAGCAGACCCGGCGCCUGCUCGCCAACGCCCGCGAGCGCACCCGCGUGCACACCAUCAGCGCCGCCUUCGAGGCGCUCCGCAAGCAGGUUCCCUGCUAUUCUUAUGGCCAAAAGUUGUCCAAACUGGCCAUCUUGAGAAUAGCCUGUAACUAUAUCCUUUCCUUGGCCAGACUAGCUGACCUGGACUAUAGCGCAGACCACAGUAACAUGAGCUUCUCCGAAUGCGUGGAGCAGUGCACGAGGACCUUACAAGCAGAAGGAAGAUCUAAAAAAAGGAAGGAAUAAGAACUGGGAAAGGAGAAUUCAGAAGAAUGUCCAGCCAUCGUUCCAUCUAUUUUGGGCAAUGGUUGCAUAACCCACACGAAGACUGCAAGCGGCUUUUUUGCAGAGACCCCUUUCAGGACAACAGUUGGCUAAGGGACAGUCUCAAAUCUCUGGGGGGAAAAAAAAAGAUGGGAUUGUUUGUUUUGUUUUGUUUUUAAGCCAGCCACCUUUUAGUAUGUGCAAUUUAUUUAGCACUUUUCCCUUUGCUUAACAGGGAAAUGAUACCUUCUCAGCUCACCUUGUACAGUGGUGUUGUUGGUGUUGUUGUUGCUGUUGUGCCAAAGAUUUGAUGGAGCUUCUACACCGCGUCUUCAUUUUGCCUUAACGUUAAAUCUUCGAGCCAAAGACAAGUCAGAAGUUGUGUUCAGAUCAUGUUGAGCGGGCCAUUUCUUAGUGACAAAUCACAAUUUCCAAAUCCUUCUGUAAGUCUCCUCCUAUUUCUCCUGUCCAUAGUUAUCUGCUUGAAGCACUGGAACCAAAUGCUCACAGUGGGGAAAGAGCCAGGACACACCAAUACUUGCUCCAGAAUCGAUUUGUUUUCUUUCUUUCUUUUCUUUGAGCAAUUCCAUCAUUCUGUUUCUUUGGCAAUUACCCUAUUUUCUUUCCUGCUGUGAAACACGUCCACAGGGUAGAAAUACUGACAAAGUGAGACCUGAAACAUGAAAUGUGCUUUUUAAAAAUAUAUAUAUUAUAUAUAUAUAUAUAAAAGUAAAUAAAAAUAAGUGCCAUGUAAAGCAAUAAAAAGAGAAUCAAAAGAAAGUUCAGAUACGCAGAAGGGAAUGCAGCAAAGCUAUUCAGAGGUUGUUUCAGUUCUGUGAAGUGAUUUUGGAGGGGGGAGGGAGGGGGAAUCAAAGUGGUUAAAAACCCAUGUAAUGCAAAGGCAUUUGAAUCCUAUAUUGUACCUUUCACUUCAAAUUGAAGUAAAAAAAAAAAAUUGAGAAACAUUCGCUUGGCGUAUGCAGACUUUGUAGGUAAUACGGGAUGUAUGCAGGACAUCUGCUAGCAAUGGAACAGAACUCCAUGUCAUAGUGAAGGAAUAUGGGUGCUUGAAGAAGGGCAGAUUCAAUGUUUUGCUUCCACUCCAGGGUAAAGCUUAUAUAUGACGGGACCAAAUUCAAGUCUUAGUUAUACCAGCAUAGAUCAGGCUAUUUGCUGUCCAAUUUACUCCAAUAUAGAGGAUUCUUAAUCUGGUCCUGUAUUUGUAUGAAGCCAGAUGGUUGUGUGUUGUGGGGCGAGACCAGGGUCUCUUAUUGUAAGUAUAUCAUUCUUCACAGUCCAAAUUCAGCCAGGUAAAGGGAUUCCAUGGUUGCACUUCCCAUUGCAGAUCUGGGACGUGAAGGGCUGGUUUGAUUGCAUGAUGUCCUCCCUGACAAGCACUUGAACAUCCAUGACUGCUGGGCUCGGGGCAGAAGGCUCAUUCACCAAACACAUGGCAGAAAUACCCAAAGCACACUCAGAUUCACACCUGUGAAUGGGAGAUGCCAUCUCCCACCAUCCACAGGGCAUGUUGGCAUAUUAGUGCUGCUACUGUCAGUAGAGCAACCAUAAAGAAAUCUUCAGUGAAUCGCUGUCAAGAACAAAGGGCUACGGCCCCUUUAGAAAGAUACUGCUGAGAGGUAGCGGAAGAUGGGUGGAGAAGUACGAGCUGAUGGAUUUGGCAUGGCCGAGAACUAAUAAAACAGGGAAGGAGGAAAUGAAGGCAAGAUGGAUAGAGUAUCUUCAGGUGAGUUCAGCUGCAUCCCUGGGAGGACGUGGGACUUAGCAGUUUUGCUGAGAGGACUCCACAAAUUCUUACAUUAAUUAAAAGCAAGCAGAACUCAGAACUGGAACUGCUUGUGGGAAAUAAGUAGUACAUGGGUUGCGGCGAGAGAAACGCACUGAACAUCACCAGUUCCCUCUUUGGUCUGGAGCAGAGCUGAGUGAAACAAUUCAGAGGGAAGACUUCAGUUGAGAAAUUCAUCUGCCCUGUUUGUUUAUAAAUAGUCUCAGUCUUUCUUAAAGUGUAUUAGUCAUGAAUUAAUUACCUCUCAAGUACUUUCUACUCAAGUAAUUUAUUAAUUGCCUCUCAAGUAUUUUUUGUUGCAACAUGCAAUGGUUGCAAGUUGAACUGUAUUGCUAUGUUCUGAUGGGGUACUUCCCAAGAUAUUGCUUUUUUCGUCCCCACCUUUAGAGAAUAAAGGUCUUAAAAUCAA